AUAUGUAUAUAUAUUUUUUUUAUCAUAAGAGAAAACUUCAUUCCUAAUGAAAGAUUACAAUGGAUAGAUUGCAAAAAUCGUUCUAUUAAUAGUCAAAAUGAAUGUAAUAGAACAAAAUUUUGCUCACAUUAAACUUGGGCUUUGGCACUCGUCGGCUCGAUCUGCCUGUGAAUCCCUGAAAAUUCAGACUUGGGCUUCGGCUUAUGAAACCAAGUGAUGUAGGCCCAUAUUUCAAAUGUCUCACUCUGCUUAUCUACAGAUAACGGUAAGUACAGUCCAGAUCCAACCACUGUUCAGCUGCUGCUGCUCUCGUUUCAUAAUGCAAGCAGAGAAGCAGCAGCAGCAGACAUGGAAAAUCACCGUCCAAGCCAAAACCAAGAAGAGCUUCAAGUUCAAAUUCAAGUCGACUCAAAUCGUCCCCACUUGGAAGUUUCAUCGAUUCUCUCUUCUGAUCAAGCUCCGCAAAAUUAUCCUCAGAGUGAAACUGAAUUCAGAAUCCACAGCAUCAUCAGUUUCGAGAAAAAGAAAAGCAACCCUCAAAUCCAAGCUCCUCAGAAUUUUCAAGAAAAUUGGAAUUCCACGCACCAAGAAUCUAGACCAUACUGUCCACAGACCCAAAUCCCAAUCGCCUCUACUUAGACUGAGACAACACGUUUACAAGGAACCAAUUUCUGUUGCUACGUUGUGCACUGGAAUUCUUGUGUUUCUAGCUCAGUCGAUCUUCAGCAUUGUUCAAAAGGGUUUCGUUGUUUAUAGUUUGGCUACCUUGCUCUUCUUCUUUUCUCUAGUAACCGGUAAAUACAGUGUGGGAAGAAUUCUCAAGUUUCUGGUGAUUCUAACGCUUGCGGCGUCUACCAGUUCAUCAGUGCUCGACUUCAAUAAUUAUAUUAAGUUUUGUGGGAGGUAUGUCUCGGACUACAUUGGGAAGGCUUCCAACUAUGCUGCUCUUGUUUUAAUGAAUUGAUGAUUUGCUUGUCAUUGAAUAAAUUGAUUGAUGUAUCAUCGUGGGGUUUUUUUAUUUUUUAUUUUUUAUUUUUAUUUAUAAUUAUUAUUGAAUAUGACGAUGAUUUGAUUUGAUUUGAAAUUUGAAUGUAUUUGAGCGCCUAAUGUUGUUAUGAUUAGUAGAAGGGAAGUGGCUAAAGAGAUUUUGAGCUGUGUUGUAUUGAAACUUACCUCAACUUUAGAAUUAAGGAAG